GAACAUUUGUAUAAACGUGUGUUGUGAUUAGUUUUGUUGUUGUUUGUAGUUGUACGGAUUGAAGGACGUGUGUGACGUUUACAGUGAGAACACUGUCGCUAGGCAACUGAGAAUCCCAGACGCUGAGUAGGAUCUGUAACCUCGCUAAUAACCUCGCAGUACCUAGCUAGCAGGAGAAAUACUCAACUUUUAUACCGAGAGCAACGAUAAAAACCUCUCGGGAUGAUUCAGAAUGUCAACGUUUACCGCUGACAUGUUUAUAAAUGACGGAGAGAAGGAUCCCACAGUAAUUACACCAGCAUCAAACCUCUAACAUGCUAUAAAACACACGCUAACAAACGUUUCGGCCAUUUUGAGAUUUUAUUUAUUUAUUUAUGUGUUCGUGCCUGAUGAGGACACACGGUGAUGAAUGAUGAUGUGGAGGAAGUGGAGUGAGAGAGAGGAGGGGGAGGAAAAAGACACCGUCACAAUCGUCAUUACACACACACACACACACACACACACACACACACACACACACACACACACACACAUGUAUAUACGAGCGAGCGAGCACGCGGGAGGAGUCGGUGAGGAUUUUCCCUGCUGCUCGAAUUGCAUUCUCUGCUUUUCUCCUCCAUCUGGUGACAACUAGAGCUGCAUCCUAAAGCACGCGCACGCACACACACGUGCACACACACACACACACACACACACACACACACACUGCUGCAGUCCUGUCACGUCCUCGCGCCUCCAUCCGCUUCAGCGCAGAGCAGAAGAAGAGCAAUGCAUCGUAUGAGAACGCGUGUGCGGCUCAACCAGAGCGACAUGGAGAACAUCAGUGACCACGUGCAGUGAAGGAGCUCCCGAUGUCGUCCACAUUCGGAGCAACGAUGCUGUGGGUGGUCCUGCUGAGCAGCCUCAGCAUCGCUCUCGUCCGGACGACUCCCAUCCCUCUGCUGGAUGAAUCGGAGGAAAUCGACGAACCUUGUUUUCAUCCCUGCUACUGCGAGGUGAAAGAGGGUCUGUUCCACGUCCACUGCGAUGGCAAAGGUUUCACUAACAUCAGCCAGGUAGCUCAAUCCUGGAUCAGACCUUUUAAGUUGUACCUGCAGAAGAACAACCUGCGCAAGCUUUACUUUAACAACUUCCUGCACCUGAACAACGCCAUAGGCGUGAACCUGGGCAAUAACGCACUGCAGGAUAUCCAAGCGGGUGCAUUUAAUGGACUGAGCUCGCUGAAGAGACUGUACCUACAUGAGAACAAGCUGGAAGUGUUCCGCAAUGACACGUUCCUUGGCCUGGAGAGCCUGGAAUACCUGCAGGCUGACUACAAUGUCAUCAGGCGGAUAGAGAGUGGAGCGUUUAGACACCUCAACAAACUCCGGGUGCUGAUCCUCAACGACAACCUGAUACCUGCGUUACCGCCUUUUCUCUUCAGAUCGAUCUCUCUUACACACCUGGACCUCAGAGGAAAUCGCCUGAAGACUAUGAGCUACCGAGGAACGCUGGAGUACAUCGGGAGAAACCUGAUGGAGAUCCAGUUGGAGGAGAACCCAUGGAACUGUGCAUGUGAUAUCGUCCAGCUGCGGGCCUGGCUGGAAAGAAUACCAUACACGUCUGUGGUGGGAGAGAUCACGUGCGAGUAUCCUUUCCAUCUGCAUGGUAAAGAUCUCAGAGAGAUCAAACAGCGCGAGCUCUGCCCGACACUGACGGACGCAGAAGUUGAGGCCAAUCUAGGAAUCCCUCAUUCAGCAGGAAGAGCAAGACCCACAAAACCCUCAUCAAUGUUCUCUGCAAACCAGAACACGGCAUCGUCUGUGGAACAGAAGAACCUGAAACCAACGCGAAGGCCGAGACCCUCGAAAACCCCACCCACUCCACGCAGUAUUUAUCCAAACCAUCCUCCAAUUGCUGGAUACGAGACGAGGCCACCCAUUCCUAUCAUCUGCCCCAUUGGGUGCACCUGCAACUUGCACAUCAAUGACCUCGGUCUGACCGUAAACUGCAAGGAGAACGGAUUUCACAACGUUUCGGAGCUAACGCCACGGCCGCUUAAUGCAAAGAAGCUCUACCUGAGCGGGAAUCUGAUCCAGAAAAUACACAGGUCUGACUUUUGGAAUUUUUCCAGUCUGGAUUUGUUACACUUGGGAAAUAACCAAAUAUUUUACGUCCAGGACGGUGCUUUUGGAAAUUUACCCAAUUUACGCAGCCUGUAUCUAAACGGAAAUAACAUCGAGAAGCUAACGGCGGACAUGUUUCACGGCCUGCAGAAUCUCCACUACGUGUAUUUUGAGUAUAACGAGAUAAAGGAAGUUCAGCCGGCGGCGUUUAGCUCUAUGCCUGCACUUCAGCUUUUGUUUCUGAAUAACAACCUUCUACAUUCGCUUCCUGUAGGCGCAUUCGAGGGAACUUCGCUCGCUCGGCUCAACCUGCGCAACAAUUACUUCCCUCACCUGCCAGUGGGCGGGGUUUUAGAGCACCUGCACGCUGUGGUGCAGAUCGACCUGAAUCAGAACCCCUGGGAUUGUGCAUGUGAGAUCGUUCCGCUGAAACAGUGGUUGGAUACGCUAAGCUCUGUGGUGAUUGUGGGCGAGGUGCUGUGUAAGACGCCAGAUGCCAUGUUGGGAAAGGAUCUGCGCUCUUUGAGCCCGGAGGCGAUUUGCCCCGAGCUUUUAAAAUCGUCCUCGUCUCCAGAUGAAAAAGAAAUGGAGUUUAUGCCUUCGUUCCCCCCUAAAGCUGUCAUUCCUCUUUCUGUGCUCGUCCUCAGCCUUGUCGUUCUUUUCGUUUCCUCGUUCUUUGCUGCUGCGGCGCUUUGCACGUUUAUUAUGAAAAAACGUGACAAGCUUCCAUUUAGGAAGCAGGAAGAGGGGGGGCUAACAGGAAUUCAAAUGGAGUGUGGAAUAUUUACAGAAACUCCGCCGACCCUUCCUGAAACCCCGCCCUCUAACCAUGUCUACGAAUGCAUCUCUGUACCAGCUUCUCAAUGUGCAGCUUAUGAGCGGGGGCGAGAGGGGGCAGGGGCUUUAGGGCUUCGCAAGGAGGAAGCGGGGCCUUUAGAAAGCAAGCUGGAUGGGACAGAUUGUAGCGAGAGCAGUGCCAAUUACAGAACGGUGCUUGAGAAAGAGGAGGAGUGGACAACUAUAGUCAGCCACGCCCCCAUCAACACCGUGACGGAUAUCGCCGGUUUCCAUGGGAACGGUAUCCUCUGCCCGACAGUGAUCGACAGCCAAGGGCCGACUCCCAAAGUGGGAUUGGUGCACAGCCUUUUCGGGGCGAGCUCCUGGUUGGGCGACAUAAGUCCAAAGCAAGCGGUCGGCAUGGACGCAGAGGCGAGGACAGACCGUGCUAAUCAAACCCCGAGCAAUUACGCCAACCUCAGCGCCAGACUAAAAACCAAAAUGGAUUAUGCUGAGGCGUUGGAGAGGUCAUAUCAGUUUUAGAACAUUUUAAAUAAAAGUCUUAACUUCCUUCUCAUCUUUCUUCCAGAACGAAAUAACGGAAAGACUGGAUGCCACGUUGCUCUGGAGGAAACCCCUGGAAAUCCUCAGACUUUUAUACCAAGUGCCUUCAUGAGAGCAGCCAGCAACGAUGUAAAGAUGAUUAUUUUUAUACAAUUACACUUUAUUUAUCUAAAACACAAAUUUAGGGUGAAAGGACAAAGCUGCAAGAGGAAGGAGCGAUGGGUCUGAACCACAGAUCUCCAUAUUAGACACCUACGUAGCUGAUGACAUCAUAACUUCCCAUUCCGCAUGAUGAGGUUAGUUCACGUGUAACGUAAAGGACUCGAUUUGACGGUUUAUUUACAGAACCACUGGCAAGACUUUGUGACACCAUACAUGUAUAUAGGGCUAGCGGGAAGAUGUGAAGAGUGUGGAAUGUUGAGGUGAAGGAAGCCCUCUGCUGGUGUGAAGAAGAAUCGUCACAAUGUGAACAACGGUGUCACAAUGACGUGUUUAGUGAUGCGUACAUCCCGUAAAGUCUGGGUGGGAGUGUAACUGCUGGAGAAAAUGUUCGGAUAUAAAAGGAAGCAGAUGUUAAUGAUAAGAACUUAAGCCGUAAGUAAUGAAAUUGUUGCACUGUUUGUGUAGAGUAACAAUUUCACAUCAUCUGGUGCAACAUCGUACACAACAUUCAGUGAUAUAAUCGCUACAAGCACGCAGCGCUAUAAGAUUCAUUUUUAUUUCUAUUAAAGAUAUCACUUUAUUCAUUUUGCAUGAAAUUUUGUGACUUAUAUUAGGCAGCAGUCAUUUAUACUCGCAGUUGUGUUAUAGCGCUAACGCUAGCCGAACGGCGUCAUGCAUAACGACCCAAAAAACCCCUCUGAUUUAUAUAUAUUUAUAUUUUCCACCUGAACAUUUAGCCGCUUUAGUCGAAUAAAGCCUCCGGAUCAGCCGUGAGAAAGCGUAGCUAGCUAGCAGUGUUUCAAUAAUUAGCUAGCAGACUAACCUCGCCUAAUAUGCUUGAGAUGUAAAUAUUUCUUUGGAAAUGCUCGUCUGGGAUGCAUGUUUAAACGUUAACAUUACUUCAGAAUAUUCUGCCAGUCUUCCAUAUCUUGCUGCUAAGAUAUAUACCUUCUGCUGCCAGUAGGUUUUAUGCUAACGGAGGGGUAAAAAUGGUUAUUGGCUUCCAGGAAGAAAAAGGCGAGGAAACAUUUCGGAGAAUAAAUUCUUUUAUGCUAUUCGUCAGAGAAAAGCUAAUCUACAAACGCAAUCAGCUACAUGCCUACACACUGGCUAGCUAAUAAUUGGAGCUAAAGCUGGCUAAUUUUAACACCAUACCCCAGCUAGCAUCCAUGUAAAAGAUCUAAACAGAAGUUAGCUAUUGUACAAACAGAAAACAAACAUGUUAGCUAACAUCAGAGAACAGUUAGCUAAAGAAAUGAAGAAGAAACAGCUACGUUUCUGAGAAGUUCCCAGAGAAACGUGAGCAUGGUGGUUUCAGUAAGCAUAGUGCGCACUUUCUAGGGCACUAAUAUGGAUAUCUGUGGUAUGAAGCCUGGUUUUAUUCUCUGGGUGAUUUUUGUUGAGUUUGUUUCAUUUCGACGCUGGAGUGAGACUGUACAGUUUUUAUUCCACAUUAAAGCCGAUCCCGGUUUGGGCCCAGGGCCUGGGGCUUGGGGCCCAGGGCCCGGCUUCCAACCUCCCUCUGCGUGCAGGAAGUGUGCUUCUAUUUAUUCUUCUAUUUCAGUCUUAUUAUUCUGAAUUAUUCUGAAUUAUUCUUGCUGUAAUCACGUUUCAUUCACCCGUGUACGAUGACUCCAACUCUCGCUUAGCCUGAACUGAAUAAAGGAAGAUCAUCACUAAGUGCUGCUCAUGCUAACGUGCACUUCUUCUCUUCCCCUAGCCACUCUGAAGUGUGCAUCACCUGCUUCACACUUACACACUCAGUUAGCAUACACUACACAUGCACUACAUCAGUACCUAGCCACAGCUAGCUAGCAUACAUACUCUAGCACUCUAGCGCUCAUUCUGCUAGCCUGUCUAACAUACUAAUCUUCUGGUUUAUUGUAAAAACAAUAAGAAGUUAAUGAGUAAAAUAAGCUAGCUGUGUAAUAUUAAUUUCAUCAUAAUAACUGUAGCCAGAUUGCUAACUACAUGCAGAUUACCUUUGAUUUAGAAAAAAAACAACAUCUGGCUAGCUGACUAGCUAGUGUGGAAAUGAUCAGGAUAGUUGCUAGAAUGAUAAUUAGCUGUCUGUGCUAAAUAUCCGGUGUGGUAAACAGUUAACAUGCUAAUUACCUGCCUUAAUCUUUAACUAGCAGGAUAUUGAGAUACCACCAGUUGAAGUAUUGAACAAUGGGUGGGGCUUACAAUCGCACAUGGUGGUCAUGUGACCGUCCCUAUUAGUGCUUUAUUCCAUUUCUUUGCCUUGAUGUACAGUUUAGCUGCUUAGCCUCGUAGCCCAAUGUCCGCUAACAAACUUGCUAAACUUGGUGUUUCAUUUAGAUUCAGCUAGCAUGCUUAUAAACCUGAUUAACAUCAGACUGCUAAUAUUAUGAGAGAUGAAUGCUAGUUAUGCUAACAUUAGCCAGGGGAAUGUAGCGGGAAUAUGGUAUGUGCACUGGAAUGCGUGUAUGAAAGGAAGUCUAAAUAUAUCUAAGAUGUUAGGAGUUCCUCCGGAUGCGCCUUUAUUGAUCUGUCCAUGGGGCUAAAAAUAGCGCAGCUAAUGCUAUAAGCUAAGUGUGUAAAGUUAUUGAAGUGUGUGAGAUUUAAUAACACACACCUGCACUAUAACUCUGUCUUCAUUAAGACCAGAGGGAUUUCAGAUGUCGUAAUGGCUACAGCUAAACGUGUUACAAGUUAACGCUACGUGGCAGUUUUGAGCACAGUGGCGAUGUGGUUAUGAGCACAGUGUUAUAGCAGGUGGCGAUGUGGUUAUGAGCGCAGAGUUAUAGCAGGUGGCGAUGUGGUUAUGAGCGCAGUAUUUUAGGGGGUGGCGAUGUGGUUAUGAGCGCAGUGUUAUAGCAGGUGGCGAUGUGGUUAUGAGCGCAGUGUUAUAGCAGGUGGCGAUGUGGUUAUUUAUGCAGUGUUA